AUGCUCCCAACUCCCCCACCUGCUCGAAGCAUUAGUAGUAGGCAGCGGGGAGGGUGGUCUGGAGAUGGCUUAAUGACCUCUGCUGGUUCCCGAAUUUCAAGCCAGGAUGCCUUUAGAAUGGGUGGUCCCGGACUGCUGCCUUCUUGGCCAGUCCAGAUGGGCGUCUCCGAAGGAUUAUCUGAGCAGUUUCGUGAACGACUAAUGGACCUUGCGUUGGAAUACCUUGGGAGGUACCAGUUGAGCUACCACCGUUUGAUGGUGGUCCGGCGGUACUCUGAAGGCCUGAACCCGAGCCCAGCAGACAAUACCCUAUAUAUCUCCCUUUACACUCCAUCCAAUGACAACUGGGUGAAGGCUCUAGAUGAUAUACUCUCAGCAAUAGAGCCCUUACACUUUACUGGGAGGGUAGAGAUGAUUGACCAUAGAGCCUUGGGGGGCAUGAAAACGUUCUCCCCCAAUACACCAGACCAGCUAGUCCAAGAAUGGGAGCAAAUACAAUCGGUCAUCAUUCGCCGUCUGGACUCCAUUCAAACAAACUGGAAAGCAAUAAUGCUUCUAAAGAGGGGAUAUUGGGAAGAAGUUGCUGUCAAUACGAUAGUGAUCAAAGCAUCCAUCCCAUCAAGAGCGUUGGCAAUCUCUACGCGUGAUCGAGUGGCUUUUGACAUCGACAAUGUCCUCGAACGAUUUGAUCUUCAAGUUGAAAUAGUGAGAUCUGAUCUUAUGUGGGGCGCGUUUGCUGAGACACCAUCUACAGACUCAGGAAACCCCAGCCUUGGGUGGCCAUUCACAAACAUCUACAAUCUAAUGGGGAUGAGUAUAGCCAGAGCCGAUACCCCAAAUAUGACAGGAACGCUGGGUGGUUACUUGUGCUUUACAGACGCUGCUGGUUGCGAACAAUUCCUUGGGCUAACUUGUUACCAUGUCAUCGGAAAAGGCCCUGAUGGUGAAGCUGACUCCGGUAAGUGCGAACUCUAUUACUACAUUACCAUUGGUGACCUUACUGCUAUUCAAGAUAGUGUACUAAUUGAUCACAAGCCAUCCAACGAUUUGGAUCCAAUAACCUCAAUUUUCCAUGCCAAUCCCCCUCAGGCUCCGAUAUACAGGCCGCCAUUGCUUAUAUCACGCAAAAGAUGGGCUCACCCUCAGAAAAUACUGGAGUGA